AGUACCAUAGCGAUGAGAGGCAAGAGAGCUCUUGUUCUUAGCUAGUGACACCCUGUCCGUAUUUCUUGUCAAUUUACCUACCCAAGCUAAAAGCGCCGUAGCGUCGCAGCUCAAAAUGUCCUCUUCCACAGCAACUGCGAACGGUAAGGCGAAAGCCGCUGCUGCUGCCGUACCCGCUUUACCGAAAGCAACCACUAGUAUGAAACGGGAAAAGGGCAAGGAAUCGCCGGGAGCAAAACGCACGAAGAAGGACGGUGGAAAUAGCGGGUCUCCCGCUGUCCACUCGCCCUCCCGCAGGAACAGUAAGAACAGCAGCGCCCCCGCAGUGGAACAAGAGGACCCGCAGCGUGGUGCGCAGGCGUUGCCAGGAGCAGCGGCUGCUGCAAAAGGAACCACUACAUCGGGUUCGUUUACCCUUCCACCAGCAGCAGCAGAUCCUGCGAAGCAAGCUGCCAACCCUGCUUCAGGAGCGAAUAUAGCGCCACCUACAGUUGUGGCAGGAGCACCGUUUACUUCUCUGUCCGCGAAUUGUACUCCCGGAAAAGGAGCUGCUUCGUUAGUUACAACAACUUCCACGACGAAUCACCACGCCCCCACUUCCACUUCUACACCCGCAGCUGCGAUCAACACUGCCGCGUCCGUAUCCCUUCCCACCCAUGCGACCACGUUUGUAAAACCAGUAAAACCGCUUUCCCUCUCCGCAAAGGAAUUUGACGCGGUGAAGCGCGCGCAGGAACAGCUACGGAAACUGGAAGACCAGACGGUAUCGGACCAAGUGAUUAUUCAAAACAGCUUUGAGGAUUUGAAACAGCCGUUUUUUCAGGAACGGAAUAUCCUGUGCAAAAGUAUCGUACUCAUAUUGCAGUCAUGCAUUACAAAUUUUUAUUGUUUAGUCAAAUCCGCAUUACAAUUUACAAAUUUUAUUUCUCAUGCUGAGGAAAUUUGUAAUGCAUUUAUACGAGUCCGAUACUUUUGCAGUUCAUACGGAAUCAAUUAUUGCAAUUCUUCCCGAAAUUCUGGGGCAACGUCGUGUUGCGCAUCUUCGAUCCGCAAUGGAGAGGGCUGGCUGCGACGGCGAAGAGUAGAGAGGGAAAUACUGUUCCACUGUCGGCUCGGAGCGGCAGCGGCGGGCCGAGUAGAAGGGGGCAGAGCAAUAGUAAGAGUUCCAACGCGAGUGGUAAGAGACCGGGAGCAGUGGGUGCAGCACCUCCUCCUGCACGGGCGCCUGCGGGAAGUAGGACCACUACCAGUGCUGGUGGAGCGGCCACGCCAAACACGACGGGAAGUACCACAGCCACUGCUGGUAACACGCUUUCUCGCAGUUUAGGCACUAUGGUGGGACCAGGUGGAGGGACGAAUACAACCGGAAGUGCUGCAGCUCCGGGGCGUAGCAUGUUUAGCUUUGCUUUCUCCAAUUUGUUUGGCUUCACGAUCAUGACAGAGGACGCGAACAACAACAUCGCGUCUGGUGGGUCGAACAUGAAUGCGAAUACGGCUAGUACUGGGUCCGGAACUGGGGACCACGGAGGAGCAACUACAACUACCGCAGCAUCCACCUCUUCCCAUGCGGGCACAGUUGGUGGAUCCUCCAACACAAGAACUACCCCAAGUGCGGUUGCAGCAGCAGUUUCCACGACAGCGGCCGCACCACGGCCGGCUGAUUUCGACGAAUUUUUCCCGCCGAUUAUCCCGGAUGAAGACGACAAUUUUAUCAUGGAAGAUGACAUUCUAGGCGAGCAUCAAUCUGCACCUGCUGCGACUAGAUCUACUUCCUUUGUCGGAGAAAAUCAAAACGAACUCUCCGAACUCCUAGACGUUCACCUGCAGGACAAUUUAGACGCCUUCGGCUCGCACCGAUUUUCAUUUGCGUUUUCGUCGCAGUUGCUGCGGCGGGCGGGGACGGCGAAAAGUAGUAGUGGAGGUGGUGGAGCUCCACAUAUUGGUGUAGUCUCCUCGUCAACAUCUGCCAGUGCUGGUGCCACGGGAAACAAGCGGUCGCCAAGUAAAGAGCGCGGCGCGGGGACGGAUGCGGUUGUAAAUGGAGCAAAAAGUAGUGCUGCUUCGGCUGCAGCUUCGAAAACAGCAGGAGGGAAGCCGACCUCUUCGUCAUCCGGUAUAAUUUCAAACUGUUUCUUUCGCGUGACUAAACGUGUGAACUGCGCCCAGGGCGUGGUAAAAGUGGAGGUGAAAAAGAUUGCGCUGCCGGGAAGUGGUAAUUCUGGAGGAGGACAUCAAACUGAUCCGACUGGCAAGAAGAAAAACAAAGCCAGUAGUACCGCUGGAAAUUCAACUCGCGCGGCGACCACAAGUGGUACUAGCGCAACAUCUAGUACGACAGCUGUUCCACCCUUGACCAGCAGCAAUGCCCCCCCGACGACUUCAGGAGCUUUGCAUCAAAAUAACCAAACCACAAGAAACCAGCAACCCGCCAUUCCCACCCCCGGGAUUUUUACGUAUCCUGAGGAAAAACGUACCCAUACCAGAGUUGUAAUGCAGAUUUGCAAAGACAGGAAGACUUGUAAUGCGCAUUCGCAUGAGAGCCAUUUUCAGUCGUGUUUUGGAAUUUGUGAUGCUGUGAACAGGAUGAGCAGAUGGGUUUCUGAUGCAGCUGGCCUUGCGAACCUGCACUACACUACGGACUGCAACUUGUGAUGCGUGACUCACAAAGCUCCUAGGUUUGUGUUGCAAAAUCCCCAUCCUGACUCUGGUGCGGGUACGUUUUUACUCAGGAUAUCACGUCCUUGGUCAACGCCAUUCGCACAACGUCCAACUCGACCAACGCGACACCAACGGGCACGCCGAACCCCAGCCCGGGCAGAAACCGACCUGCUGGUGGUGCAACUUCCGUUGCGAGCAGAAUGGCACGGAUGGUCAGAGGGGUCGGAGGUACAAAUGGGCAGCAGAAUAAUUCUUCCUCUCCGCACGCGCACAUUCUGACCGCGGCGGAAUUGAGUAGUCCCACCUUGAUACAACAAUUUUUCACGAGUAGAUUGAAGGAGAGGUUGGAAAAGGCGCAGGAGAAGGCGGAGAUGGGUCGUGCAGCAACUACAAGUUCUGGCCAAAAUGGAGCAGCAGGAGCACCAGCAUCUACAACUUCAACAGGAGCGGCGGACAGCUCUGGUCAGCAUCACGGACAGGAAGAGGAAGAUGAUGAAAAUCACGACGAUUUGCUUUUCCUCUCGUGGCUCUUCAGUGAGGACUACGCCGGAGAGCAGGGGAAUUUUGGAGACGUCUUCAGGAAAGUGGCAUGGCAGAAUCCCUAUGCGCUCGUACAGGAUUUGUAUGAAAGUGCGUGAUUACGAAUUACGGGCUUUGAAGACCUUACCUGCGGCCUACAUGAACUUCGUCGAAACCCAAAGUAGUAGACUUGUGUGACUCAAAGAGAUGAGCGCCAUUGUGUGUGCGAUAAGGCCGCGAAAUUUUAUUGUCAGGCACUUAAAGAGAAUUCGGAACUGCAGAAGUGUUACACAAGCAGUCUGCUUUUCUUUUGGAAGAACGGGUGAACGAGCAGAAAUUCAUCAGCUUUUUUCUAUUGUGCGUGAUUGCGUUCUUGUUGACGAGCGAGCGUGUGGAGAGGCGACUGCAAUUGAGGUAGAG